CGGGUCCUGGGGCGGGUCUUGGGUCGGCGCGAGGCUCGUGGGGCCGGUGCGGGCGCGGUGCCGGAGCGGAGCGAUGGGGCCGGGCGGGGCGCUGGGGCUGGGGCUGCUGCUGGGGGUCCUCGGCGGGGCGGCGAGCGAGCUCCACUCCCUGCGGUACUUCCACAUCGGGGUGUCAGAGCCCAGCCCGGGGGUGCCCCAGUUCGUGUCCGUGGGGUACGUGGACGGGAACCUCAUUUCACGCUACGACAGCGAGACGGGGAGGACGGUGCCUGGGGCGGACUGGAUGAGGGACAACCUGGAUCAGCGGUACUGGGACAGGCAGACCCAGAUUGGACAGAACAAUCAGCAGGUUAACCGUGUGAACCUGGACACACUGCGGGACCGCUACAACCAGAGCGGGAGGGCCCACACCUGGCAGUGCAUGGUUGGCUGUGACCUCCUGGAGGAUGGUAGCACCAGGGGGUAUUCGCAGUUCGCCUACGACGGGAGGGACUUCAUCGCCUUUGACAUGGACACGAUGACGUUCACUGCGGCGGACGCAGCAGCGCAAAUCACCAAGAGGAAGUGGGAAGCGGACGGGACUGAAGCUGAGCGACAGAAGCACUACCUGCAGAACACCUGCGUCGAGUGGCUGAGGAAAUACGUGAGCUACGGGCAGGCCGUGCUGGAGAGGAAAGAGCGCCCCACGGUCCGAGUGUCGGGGCAGGAGACCCCCGGGAUCCUGACCUUGCACUGCCGCGCUUACGGCUUCUACCCGCGGCCCAUCACCGUCAGCUGGCUGAAGGACGGCGAGGUCAGGGACCACGAGACCGAGCGGGGCAGCAUCGCGCCCAACAGCGACGGCACCUACUACACCUGGGCCUCCAUCACGGCCCGCCCGGAGGAGAAGGACAAGUACCGGUGCCGCGUGGAGCACGCCAGCCUGCCCAAGCCCGGGCUCUUUGCGUGGGAGUCGGAGUCCAACCUGUUGGCCAUCGUGUUGCAGUGGUUGUUGCCAUCCUGGCUGGAGUCAUCAUUUUGAAGCACAGAUCAGAGCAACCCCUACAUGUACUGAAGCCCUGCUUUCUGGGAAGUGGCUGGACAUCGCCUGCUGAUGGGAAACAGAGAAUAAAUCUUUUGGUUUUCCUUUCCUUCUACUUGUGGCCUUUUGCUUUUGCUUUAUUAAACUGCCUUUAUUUUGA